GUACGCUUCGAAGACGUAGACUUUGCUUACCCAACCCGUCCAGAUCACCACGUAUUUGAAAAGUUGAACCUCACCAUACCAGCAGGGCAGAUUGUGGCCCUAUGCGGACCUAGUGGCGAAGGUAAAACAACGAUAACGUCAUUGCUGGAACGUUUCUACGAACCUCUUUCUGGGCGAAUUCUUUUGGACAAUCAAGAUUUGAGAACUCUUAACGUAGAAUGGUUGCGAGGCCAGGUUAGCAAAGUUAUGCUCAAUUGUCUUGGCGGAAGUAAACACCCGUCGUGUCGGUUGCUAUCUGCCCAAGUCGUUGGGCUAAUCUCUCAAGAACCUGUGCUCUUCGCAACUACUAUCGAAGAAAACAUACGUUAUGGUCGACCUGGAGCCACUGACCAAGAGGUAGUUAAAGCUGCGCAGUUAGCGAAUGCGCAUGACUUCAUCACCAACUUUCCUGACGGUUACAAAACAAUUGUUGGAGAGCGUGGUACGCAACUAUCUGGCGGCCAAAAGCAGCGAGUAGCGAUUGCCCGUGCUUUGUUGAAAAAUCCACCGAUACUUGUUCUUGAUGAAGCGACCAGUGCGCUUGAUGCUGAAAGCGAACGUUUGGUUCGUGAUGCUCUGGACCGUGCUAUGAAGGGUAGA